GAAACCUACCUCCUGCAAGUGAAGGGCCGCAUGUAUGAUAGCAGCUUCGUGUCCAUCUUGAUACCGGACUCGCGGCCAUUGCCAGGUCUUCCGCUGGUAGCGCUGCAUACGCACGCGCACUUUCCGGAGCUGAGGAUACAGCUGACCUACUCUGCUUACAGCGAAGAGUUCGUGAAAUCACAUCGUGUUUUUCGUGCCCUGCUUGAGAAUGGAAUCUUGGUUCUGACAGCGCUGCCUACACCCUACUUUGACAUGAAGCAUAUGACUCUCAGCACGUAUUCACAGAUGCUGGAGUCCAAAGAAUUCUGGCAGGCUACGCUCACACGCAAGGUCCUUCUGGUACAGGCUGAUGCCUGCCUUUGCAAUGGUGCGCGUGAUCGGCUUCAACAGUUUUUGCAAUACGACUAUGUUGGCGCUCCGUUUCCAUUGGGAACAGAAGGGCCGUGCAAAGGUGCAGGCAACGGGGGCUUCUCGGUGAGGGACUCCGCCGCAAUGCAGCGAGCGAUCGAAGUGAGGGGCAAGAGCCAGGACAGCUUUCAGCGAGCGUUCGAGGACCGUUUUUUCUGCGCACAGUCAGACCUCUUUGCAGUGGCGCCACGAGCGGUCUCCAUGGAGUUCUCGCGCACUCAGCGAUUGAGCGACGAAGCGCACUACAAGGGCUCCAUCGAUCGGAUUGUAGGAGGGGGCUUCAGGCUCAGGUUUUGA